AUAAAUACAAAGAUUCUUAUCCCCAUGGUUCGGAGGUCUUACGACAAGAUCUUUACGUCGAUGACGUACUUACAGGCGCCGAUAGCAUUGAGACUCUGGCUCUUAAAAGAGACGAGUUGAUCCAAAUAUUGAAAUGGCAUGGUAUAGAAUUGGCAAAGUGGAAUAGCAACCAUGCGUCGCUCACUUCGAAUGAUGUUGAAGAAAUCAUCAUAAAAACAUCGGAUAACGACAUAACUAAAACAUUAGAAUUAUGGGUUCAAAAUAUUGGAUGGGAUGAUCCUCUAAACGAUCAUCUCAAGGCUUUGUGGCUCCAAAUCAAAGAAGAUUUAUCGUACAUCCAUCAAGUAGAAGUCCCAAGAUAUGUACUUACGUUGUCCAAUCGACAUGGCGAAAUACAUGGUUUCGCAGAUGCUUCUCAACGUGCAUAUGGUUGUUGUAUUUAUUAUCGUGUCUCAGAAAAUGGUAUGUACAAAACCACAUUGCUGAUUGCCAAAUCGAAAGUAGCUCCUAUCAAAGCCCAAUCUCUACCUCGUCUCGAAUUGUGUGCUGCAGUGUUACUCAGUAAAACGUGGCUCAAAAUCAAGUCUAAAAUUGAAAAUUUCGUCUCAUCGUUGUACUUUUGGACUGAUUCGAAAAUAGUACUCCAAUGGCUCAAAAUGCAUUCGUCAACUUUGAAUUGUUUCGUGGCAAAUCGUGUCUCUGAACUCCAAGAAGAAACUCGAAACAUCAUUUGGAGACAUGUCCCAACGAAAAGUAACCCAGCUGAUAUCGUAUCUCGUGGUUGUUGUGCUCAAGAAUUGUCGAAUACCAUCUGGUUUCGUGGCCCAUCGUUUCUAGAAGAAGAUGUCUCAAAUUGGCCAGGUACUGAAGACGUGAUGACAAUUGAAGUCCCAGAACGCAGAAAGGCCGCCGUCUUUAAAAACACAGCCUGUGAAAACAAUGUCAUUAAUGACAUUCUGGAUAAGUGUCCCAUAAGUCGUUCUUUGAAAGUCAAAGAUGUUGUUCACAUAGCUCCUAAGGAACUUGAAGACACCUUUUGGAAGGUCAUCUCACUGGUCCAGCGGUCAUGUUACUCAUCGGACAUACAAGCAAUUGCAAAUGGUAACGUCGCUCAUCCAUCUCUGCAAAAAUUAAUACCAUUUUUGCACAAAAUGAAAGUAGGAAAUGAAGAGAUUAAUACUCUUCGAGUUGGCGGACGUUUAACAAAUGCUCCGAUUCCAUAUGAUGCAAGAUUUCCUGCCUUGUUGCCCAAAGACCAUCGAUUCGUCAAGCUGUUUGUAGAGCAUUUGCAUCGAAUUCAUUUGCACGCCGGUCCAAAGGUGUUGUUGGGCAUUUUACGUCAGAAAAUCUGGAUAAUCAAUGCCAGAGAAGUAGUUCGAAAGAUUGUUCGAAAUUGCGUGCAUUGUUUUCACUACAAGCCAAAGUUGUUGGGGCAAAUAAUGGGAAAUUUGCCAGUUGAUCGUCUUCGAGCUCAACGUCCAUUCUUGGUAACUGGAGUUGACUUUUGUGGCCCUUUCAUGACGUCAUACAGGAUUCGAGGGAAGUCGCCCUACAAAACUUACAUAGCAGUUUUCGUUUGCUUCAGUUCCAAAGCUACCCAUUUGGAACUCGUAUCGGAUUUGUCAGCAAACAACUUUAUAUUGUGUCUCAAACGGUUCGUGGGAAGACGUGGAAUUCCCCAGAAGCUUUUUUGCGACAACGCAACUAAUUUCGUCGGAGCUUGUAACAAACUGAAAGAGCUCAGAGAAGCAUUUUUUAAUGAUGAAGUUGUCCAAAGAAUGAAAUCGAUUUGCUGCCAAAUGGGUCUUGAAUUCAAUUUCAUACCUCCACGUGCCCCACACUUCGGUGGAUUGUGGGAAGCAGCGGUAAAAUCUACAAAAACGUUGCUCAACAAGAACAUAAUGGAGUCGUAUCUUACAUUUGAAGAGUUACAGACACUGGUAGUCGAAAUAGAGGCAAUAUUGAACUCUCGUCCAAUUGCUCCCAUGUCAGACGAUCCCAACGACGGCGAGGCGUUAACACCAGGUCAUCUCCUUAUUGGCUCAUCUUUGGUGGCAAUACCUGAGCAAGAUCUUGAUGUGACCAAACCCUCGUUGCUAAACAGAUGGCAACGUAUUUCGUACCUGAAACAACAAUUUUGGCAAAUGUGGUCCAGGGAUUACCUUCUGUCUCUCCAGCAACGGUCAAAGUGGUUCACCGACGAGAAGAAUAUUAAUGAAGGACAAUUGGUCAUCAUACACGAGGACAACACACCCCCUCAGCAGUGGCUCUUGGCGAGAAUUACAAAAACAAUACCCGGUCGUGAUGGAAAGGUCCGAGUGGUCGAGUUGAAAACUAAAAAUGGAAUAUCGUGUCGCCCAAUCCAUAAAAUAGCCCCUUUACCAAGCCCUGAAGAUCCUUGA